AUGUCGGCGUCGGCUUCUGGUUCAGCUGAUGGCCUAAUUGAGGCUCAUGCUCUUCACCCUGUUGAUACUAGCAGAGCAAAAGAUGGUGUCUGGCUUGUCAAAGUUCCCAAUUAUUUGGCUGAUCUAUGGCUAAAAGCGAAUACGGAUCGCACUGUCGGAAAAGUCGUUAUGUCUACUGUAGACAACGUGCUCGGAAGUAAGGAUCAAAAGCAGAAAGCGGACGUCUAUCUCAUUACAGACGACAGCUUGAUUGCAGAUGCUGGUGAAAAUAGCGACCUUAUCCCUAGAGAGCAUAAGUUUUUGGUUCAAUCAGCACCAUCGUCGAAGUCGCCUCCUACUAGGAAUCGUCUUGGAUCGUCACGAAUUUCUUCCGCAAUGGCGGGCCAAGAGCUUGUGAUUCUUUGCGAGGAAGAUUCUCAAGCGCCUAUAUCCUCAAAUGAGUCCGCAUCGUCCUCUGCUCCUUCGGCACAACGUACACGGUUCGGCAAACGCUACUCCUUAUUUGGUCGAGUCUACAGCAGAGCCGAGUGCCAGCCACCUCGAAACGCCAACUAUAUGAAACUUAAGGCGCUGCAGUUAAAGGCAAAAAAUCGCGCUAGACAUGAGGUGCGUGUCCUAGACAAGCCGGUGCAAACCCACCUGCCUGUUGCAAACCAUGCAUUUGACAUUGAGUACGGAGUACGCAAGAAGCGCGAGGGCAAAAAUCUUCGUCGCGAGCGUGAAGACGUACUACAGGACCUCUUCAAGGCGUUUGAAAAGCACCAGUACUACGCAUUCAAAGACUUGCUUCUUCUAACCAAGCAGCCCGUGGCGUACCUCACGGAAUUACUGAAAGAAAUUGCGGUUUUCAAUUCCAGACCUCCGCACCAGAACAUGUGGGAACUAAAACCGGAGUACCGUCACUACACUUCCAAGGAAGACUCAACGGCGUAA